UGAUUGGUUGCACGCAAAUUAGUAUUAGGAUCGGUCCAAUGGUAGCUUGAGACAUGAAGUUCCAAAAUUGUAACUUGCCCUAUCGCCAACCUAUCGCUUGAUUUGAUAGCCAAGAAAAAUACGAAUCAGCUGAUUCAAGCAUUGCAGGUUAUGAUGUCAGUGAAGUAAAAUAUGUCACUCGAACGAUUCAGAAGAUUUUAUAUUGAGCAUAUCACUCAAUUCAACACGUUAAUAAUUCUAAACAAUUGAAUUUUAUUGUAAAGUAGAUAUUGUUGUGGAUACCGGAAAGUACGAACCAAAAUGACAUCGCGUUUCAGUGGUGCGUUGCAAAUAACAAAUCUCGACGAUUUCAUAACCCCAUCAGAAGAAUGCAUAAAACCUGUGGAAGUAAAAAAAUCUACAACAAAAACUGGAGCAAAAAUAAAAAUACAGGAAGAUGGAGCCUAUCUUGAGUUGGAUAAUCAAGGUGGUGCAGAGAAGCUUGAAAAAGUUGAAAUUACAUUGGCUGAUUGCUUGGCAUGUAGCGGAUGUAUAACGUCAGCCGAAAGUGUACUUAUUACCCAGCAAAGCCAGGAAGAGCUCUUCCGUAUAUUUGAAGAAAAAAAACAACAAAUACAGAAUGACCAGCUAGAGGACUGUCGGUACAUUGUAGUAAGCCUAUCAGUGCAGCCAGUGAUAUCGCUAGCUGCACGUUAUGAGCUUGAACCACAAGAAGCCAUUCAUCGACUGGCCGGAUAUUUUCGAAGUUUAGGAGCCGACAUGGUCCUGGAAAUGGCAGUAGCUGAAGAUUUUGCGCUUCUGGAAUCAGCCAAGGAGUUUGUUGAAAGAUACAAAUCUGCAAAGGAAGGUCUACCUAAACAAUUGCCGAUGCUUGCAUCUUCUUGCCCAGGAUGGGUUUGUUAUGCGGAGAAAACACAUGGAAACGUUGUAAUACCUUACAUAAGUGUCACGAAAUCACCUCAGCAAAUAAUGGGUUCAUUGGUGAAGUACCACAUGGCUGAAACGAGAGGAUUAUCACCUGAUCGAAUUUACCACAUCACACUGAUGCCCUGUUACGACAAAAAGUUGGAAGCUUAUAGAGAAGAUUUCAAUAAUAAAUUGAAAAAUACGAGAGACGUCGAUUGUGUGAUUACUGCUAUUGAACUGGAACAAAUGUUGGAACAGCGUGGAACGGUUUUGAGUGAAAUAGCAGCUGAGAAAUUAGACAGACCAUUUGGUAGUUGUAAAGAGUCAAUAGAUACUGAUAUAUGGUCGCACCUUGGCUCCGGUUCCGGUGGUUAUGCUGACUACAUAUUCGGAUAUGCUGCACGACAUUUAUUCGAGAUCGAAGAUGUACAAAUAAAAUUCAAGAACCUCCGAAAUCCUGACUUCCAGGAAGCGGUACUAGAACGUGACGGCCAAGUACUUUUGCGGUUUGCUAUUGCCAAUGGUUUUCGCAAUAUUCAAAACAUUGUUCAAAAGCUGAAGAGAGGAAAGUGCAGUUACGAUUACGUUGAAAUAAUGGCUUGUCCCGCUGGUUGCAUGAAUGGCGGAGCCCAAAUUCGUCCGCAGGACAAUAUGCUACCUCGAGAAUUGGCAUCGAGGCUCGAGACCGUGUACCGAAAUCUUCCAUCCAUAAGACCAGAAGAAGAUCAAUUAAUGCAUAAACUCUACAAAACGUGGUUAGGGGGACCGAAUACUGAUAAAGCGUCAGCUUUUCUACAAACGCAAUAUCACGAAAUUGAAAAAAUGAACACGCCGCUAGCCAUGAAAUGGUGAUGGAAAUUGCCUAUAAUAUUGACAUUAAUUUUUUUUUUGUACAAUAAAAUUUGGCUAAUAUCUGUU